AUGUGGCUUCUCCGCGCCUUCUCGUCGGCCAUCUUCCUGACGGUAGUCGUCUCGUCGAUACCUCUCGCCUUCGAUGUUGGUGGCAGAGUAUGCGGUCUGGCCUUUUCGCUGUCACUAGCGACCUUCUAUUUCCUCUUCUCGCUACUGAAGCUCUCCACACCUGAGCGAUCAUGGAUUCGGUCAUCUCUGGUGCUGGUCGUGCAAUACACUCAAUGGAUUAUUAUCCCUAUCUUGUUGAUAUGGUCUCUGAAUCGCUUCUCGGUCGAUAUGGAUAACGGUCCUGGAUGGGUAGAGCGCACCUUUUCAGGUGACCGGGCGGCAGAUACCUCGAUUCAAGAGUGGCUAUUCGGACGCGACGGGUUGGUGGAGACGGUGACUCUGGGCAACUGGGAUCGACUGCUUCGCUGGUCAACCCCCGUCUUUCAGUUGGUCGAGGGAUUCUGUAGUCUUCUGGUCAUCCAGGCUGCAGGCCAGAUUACCCGAUGGCUGGUGAAUCGUGGGGGACGCAGCGAUAGCUGGAUGAUCGGCCUUCUGGUGCUCUCUGCGACCGUGAUCUCCAGUUCGGUAUACUUCCUCUGGCGUGUCCUUCAAUUUCCCGAGAUCUCUAAUGUCGACGCGGCCUUGAUCGGUGUCUCGAUCACAUGUGCAGUCAUCUUGUGCGCGUGGGGCAUUGGCAGUGGGCGCGGAAAUCCGGUCGAAAGCUCUCUGCUGUUCGCUUACGUGGUGCUUUGUGUCUAUCAGAUCUUUACGGAUUAUCAGCCCUCGUAUCCUGUGGAACAAGCGCCUUCGCCGUCUCAGGCGGGCGAUUUCCCUCCAUUCCCUCCGAUCAUUAUGGCCUCAUAUUCCACUCUCAUGCAUGCGCUCUCGUUACUGCCUUCGGUCAUCCAUGCUGCAUUCAAUGUGAUCACCGCGGUGUUUAGUGCAGUGACCCCCUCGGUGCUCAUUUCGCUAGCAUAUCGACUGCUGGUUUUGUACGCAUCAACGCGCAUCAUUCCUGCGGUCCGAGAGGCUGGAGCCCGUGCGCUCUCCCAGGAGGCCUCGCUCGACGACUCUGACGCGGCUGGCCAAGUCCUUGGCUUACUGAGCUACUUUUCCCCGACCAUCUUGAUCGCUGUCUACACGAGUCUAUUGAUGCAGCAUUUUGCAUCCGCCUCGCAAGCGAUGGGCGGCAGCGGCGAGUGGUGGAGUAGUCAAGGCGGUGGCGGCGGUAACAUGUGGCGAUGGAUCAACAUUGCUUGCACUCUUGGCCUCUAUGCCGUCGAACUGUGGCUUGGUGAAACCGAUGACCUGGACAGCAGCUUGGCUGGACACUGGAAGACUGAUUGA